AUGGGGGUCAAUAUUCGUUUCAGGAAAAGGGAAAAGGUGGGGUUGGGGGCAUAUAAGUGGCAUAGGUUCAGCUGCAGAAAGUGCUUUCUCAGGGAUUUGAUGAAAGUUCUUGGCCACUCCAAACUAAAACCGGCAGAAAUAGCUCAAGUUCCUGAUGAACAUGUGAAUGAAUUCAAGUUGAUAGGGAAGUUCAAAAUUUUCAAUCCCAACAACUUAUGGGUGAACUUGAAAGCAAUCAAAAGACUUGUACAAGAAAGUGCACUGAAGAUGGAGAUUAUUCCAAAUCCAAAGGAAGUAGAUGGGGUGAAAGUUCUUCAACUUGAAACUGCUACUGGCGCUACAAUAAGGAUACAUUAA